AUGAAGCGAAUACAACCAAGCGGGGCUCAAUAUCGUCGCAAGAAAAGACGCAGGGAAGCAGAAGUUAAUGUCCUGAGAGGCUCUUUAGAUGCGUGGGUGAAAAAGCUAUACGUGGCGAAAAAUCAACUGGGUGAUGAAAAUCAUGAGUCCGUGACUGUCGUCCAAGAUGAUGUCAGUUUUCCAGUUAACACACAUCUUGACAUUGUUCGUGACAAUCAGUCGCACAAUUCGAUUCCGGGUGACGCUGAUGAUUUUGAUGAGGUGAGUGCUAAUGCUGAGGCGAAUGCUGUCAUUUUGAACGAUGACGCUGAAGGUAACAAUUACGAUGGAAAUUUUAUCGAAUUAUUUUGUGACCACGACCUUGGGCGUUUAAGGAAACCGAUAUCUACACAUUUAGAGAAAUUCUUAGUUCAGCAAGGACCAGAAAAUUUUCAACACAAAGAAGGUCCUUUUGCUAAAAGAGAAGGAAGAUCUCUUUCUAAGCAUUGGUUCGAAACUUUGUCAAGUAAUGGAGAGUGUUUUCAGAGAAAAUGGCUGAUAUAUUCGCCAUGCAAACAGGCAGCCUUUUGCUUUGUCUGUUUUUUAUUUUCAAAAUGUGAAUCAAGUUUUUGUAACGAAAAAGGAUUUCGCAGCUGGAGAAAAUUGAAUCCUCGAAUUUAUAAGCAUGAAAAAAGUCCGGGUCACAGAAAUGCAAAACGUGAAUAUUUGGAUUUUGAAGCACGACUUGAAAAAUUACGUGUAAUUGAUUAUGAACUCCAAAGGCAUAUUUCAAGUGAGAAAAAGAAAUGGCGACUUAUUGUUGAACGAAUUGGCGAUGUUGUUUACCUUCUGUCAAGACAGAAUAUUGCGUUUCGAAGUCACAGAAAUGAAGGAGUUUCAAAGUUGGUCAACGAAAAUGCUUACGAAAACAAUUCUGGAAACUUUUUGGAAAUAAUCGAACUAUUGGCAGAUUAUGACGUUGUUUUGUUUGAACAUUUACAGAAUGCGAGGAAAAAACCCAACAAAGUCAACUAUCUUUCGAAUAAAAGUCAAAAUGAAAUAAUCAAUCUUAUUGCCGGUAUAAUUAAGAAGAAGAUUAGUUCUAAAGUAAAGAAAGCCAAAUACUACACUCUGAUGUUAGAUUCUACUCCAGAUAUAUCACGUGAGAAUCAAAUUGCCGAGAUCUUGAGAUACGUUCACAUCAGUGGGAAUAAGGAUGUCGAAAUUAAAGAGGUUUUUCUUGGGUUUUUUCAAGUUUCUGAGAAAAACGCGGCAAGCUUAGUGGAAACGGGGAUUGAGAAAUUGAAUGAUGAUGGAAUUGACAUAAAUGAUUGUCGAGGACAAGCAUACGAUAACGCUGCUGUUAUGAGUGGUGUACGAACUGGAGUACAAAAACGAAUUUUGGAAAUCAAUCCAGAGGCCCAGUUUGUCAAUUGCGAAAACCACAGCUUAAAUUUAGCAUGUGUUCAUGCAGCUGAAGUUCAUCCAACAGUGAAAGUUCUGAAGUCAAAGGUUGAGAAAACUGUCAAGAAGCAUUGUGAGACGAGAUGGAGUUCGUACUACAACGCAGUUGAAGUCAUCCAUGAAAAUUUUCACGAAAUUAUAUAUUGUCUCGAGUAUUUUGAAGAUGACAAAUUUUCAAGUGAGACCAAAUCUGAUGCUUGUUUACUUCGCCAUUCGUUGCAGCAAUUUACAUUCGUUUCUCUCUUGAAAUUUUGGUGCCCUGUUUUGUCAUCCGUUCAGAAAGUGACAAAACGCUUACAAGAUCCAAAGAUCGAUUUAAUUCAGGCAAGUGAUGAUCUUGAUGGGCUUAAUAGAAUUAUUGAUCUGAAAUCUGAGGACAUUAUUAAGAAUGCAGACAGAUCGGCAUCCGAAUACUGCGAGGAGUGGAAUGUACCAUUGACAAGAGUCAGGCAAAGAAAAAUGAUGCCUGGAGAAAGUGUGAAAGACUGUGGCUUAUCAGCAAUUGAGGAAAUGCAAAGAAUUAUGAAUGAAAUCGCAAACAGACUGAAAACCGAACUUUCAGAACGCUCAGGCCGCGUUAGUAGACUCGCUGACAAGUUUUCCUUCUUAUUAAAGUUGGACUCAAUUGAUGUUGAAAAUAUUGAACAUUUGAAAACCUUGAAACGACAGUGCGAGAGAACUAUUUUGAGACUGACGUAA